GAAGCUUCCAAAGUUGGUUCCAGCAGCUAAUCAAUGCACAUUCAGAAGUCAGAACAGAUAUCUGCAAUAAAAUAACCACUUAACCUCUCUAUCAACAGAUUCAGAGUAGUAGAUCAGUAGUAGUAGUAUAAUAUUCCAAAAGCAUAGAAGGGUAGAUGCUAUUUAGCACAACGCUUCCUGAUUAAUCCAGGCGUCGGUCCAGUUCUGAAGUUUGAGGCAACGAAAAUGUCAGGAAAUAUUCCCAAAGGUGCGUUCCUGUUACCCCUCACACUGUUUCUCAUCUUGCUACUCCUUCCUCUGUUCAGAAACUUCAUUCAACCAUCUCCGAAGACAUAUGCCACCAACUUGGAAACCAAAGAAACAAGAAGAUGCAACAUAUUUUCCGGAAACUGGGUUCCAUAUCCCAAAGAACCUUACUACAACAACGAAACCUGCCCUUUUAUAUUAGACCAGAUUAAUUGCAUCAAGAAUGGUAGGCCCGACAGAGAUUUCCUCAAAUUAAGGUGGAAACCGCAUGAUUGUGAGCUUCCACUAUUUGAUGCAACACAGUUCCUGGAGCUAGUACGAGGAAAGUCAAUGGCCUUUGUUGGGGACUCAAUGGCCACAAAUCAACUAGAGUCCUUACUGUGCCUCAUAAAUACUGUUGCACAUCCUGAGGAUAUUACAGCGAAAUAUACAUCCAACGAUAACAUAUUUUUCAGAUGGUGGUUCGUGCUUGAUUACAAUUUUACAGUUACAACAAUGUGGUCACCUUUUUUAGUGAAGUUCAACGACUCAGAUCCCACUGGUCUUGGUUCCUAUAGCCCAACGAAGCUUUAUCUAGAUGAAGCAGAUGAAGCAUGGAGCAGCAAAAUUAAAGAUUUUGACUUUGUGGUCUUCUCAUCAGGACAGUGGUUCUUCCGACCAUUAACGUUCUACGAGAAUAGGCAAGUUGUCGGGUGUCAAAAAUGCGAGAACAGUUCAGAGCUUAACUACUAUGGGUACAAGAAGGCGUUUCGAACAGCUUUUAGGACAAUCAGAAAGCUUGAAGGGUUCAAGGGAUUGGCUUUUUUGGUGACUCAUUCUCCGGAACACUUUGAGAACGGGGCGUGGAAUGAAGGUGGGAGUUGUAACCGAACAAAGCCAUUGGAAGAAAAAGGGGUUUAUGAAAAUGGUGAUAUUGUGGAAGCAUUGCAUCAGAUACAAUUGGAGGAGUUUAAUAUAGCGAUAGAAAAGGGUUUGCGGUUUGGUUUGAUAGAUAUAACUGAUGCAAUGGGGAUGAGGACAGACGCACACCCCGGUAGGUUUAGGCCUGUGGGGGGUAAGAAUAGCAAUUUGAAUUUGAAUGACUGUGUUCACUGGUGCUUGCCAGGUGCUGUUGACACUUGGAAUGAGUUUUUGCUGUAUUUGAUGAAACUGGAAGCUGAAAAACAUCGUUAAGGUAACAUGUUAUGAUCUGUAGUAUUUUGAAUUGUUGGAGGUGAUUUCAAGUUUGCAACACCCCAAACAAAUAGUUAUUCAGGAAUCAGGAUAGUGAAUAAAUGGGAUUGAUGAUUUGAAUA